UCAAAAGUCGUUGGUUGGGGUCCGCUUGUUGGCGUGUCACAAAACCAGUUUUUUCAAAUGAAAAUAUAUUCGUGAUAAAUGCAAGUAAAUCGUUCGCGGUCGUCGUGUAAGAACUGAUAAUGAAGUGGUCUCGUUGUUGUUAUUAUGUAUACGCAAGAAGAAGAGUUUUGCGGUUUUGAGAAAACAACCGCCAAAAAAAGUGCCCAUAUAAACACUGUGUUGUCCGCCGUAAUUUUUAAUGCGGAGGCGCAAUUGAAGGCGUUCAGCAGCACCCCUAAAGGAAAACGACACCAGUCUGGCAUGGAAAUGUCUUUUACCAAAUUAUGUGAGGUAGCAAUGAAAACGGAACCGAAUCUUCACAUUAUGGAUUACGAUAGUGGCUAUAUCUCUCAUAAUCAAGAAUCUAAUUCGGAUUCGUCACAGGAUAGUUUAUGUGUUGGCAAUGAAGUAAAUUUUUUUACAAAACCUAUUUAUUUGUGUGAAGAUGCCCUACUAGAAAGACCCGACAUCAAUAUUAAGAAUUUUGAUAUCAGUGCUGAAAUUGAAAAGGAGGACUUCGAAGAAACACAUAGAUUGUUUAACUUGUCCAUUGAUGAGGACAUUAUUAACCCAUCUGUGCCAAGUGUGAGGACAGACUUCAGUGGAUUUAGCAAUGAGUCAAAGGAAGUGGUGUCUGUUGAGAUCCCAGUAGCGGACCCAAUAGAAAUUUUUGAAAGUAAGCAAAUCACUGAUGCAUCUGAUAAUUGUUGUGUAAAUCCAAUUGAAGAUACAGAUCAAUGUAAUCAGGUAAUAAAUGUGGCAGAAAAUGAACACACACAAGACAUUGAACACAAUCCAGUUGUUGAAUCUUAUUAUGAAAACACCUAUGAUUCAUCUUGCAAUGUUUCAUAUUCUCAAGACAAUUCUAAAUCUCAAAAUGUUUUUGUCAGUUUGUCAAAUGAUGAAACUACUAUUACUACUCUAGAAUCAAAUUUCAAUACUCAGGAAGUAAGUGUUGAAUCAAUGGAUUGUACAAGUUCAAGUACAGUACUAUCAAAAACACCAGUUAAAAUAUUUCAAAAUAAGGUUGAUCCUUCAUAUAGUCCAGAUUUGUUUGACGAAGAGCCAAUUCUAUUGCCAGCACCAGUAAAAGAAGAGCCAAUACCAUCUGAUUUUAUUGCUGAAGAAAAAUUCAUCAUUAAAAAGGAUUGCAGGUUGCUAAAGCGAAUUCAAACUGGUCUUAGUGGUGUACUACCUCCUCCAAGUGUGACCACAUUAAAUUUAACUGUUGAUGAUAUACUAAAUAAACUGGAGGAAAACAAAGAGUACUUUUGGACAAACAAUCCUAGUGAUAUUAAAUCUAAACAUAACACAAGUGAUGAGGGCGAUUGUGGAAACUCUAAAUCUUUGUUAGUUACUGUUGAGUCUCAUACAGAAGAAAAUUGCAAAGAAUGGCCACAUAUAAUGGAAGAGAGAUAUCAUGGUUUUCAUUUCAACCGCAGUAAAAUUUCCGAAGAAAUCGAACUGCUUUGCGACAAGUACGGUCAGCGAUGUGUCGGCUCCGAAACGCAGUCGUCGUGCACUGUGUUCGAGUGCCUGCAUCCCAGUCCGAGUAAGAGAAAGACGCAGAAGAACCGGUGGUCAGCCAAAUCACCGGGACGCAGACUUAGCCACCUUGCGAGGCGACGCAUCACCUUCUCCAGCGCCAGCCUGCACGUUGGAGGACCAUCCAUGGCGGGCAUGAGAGCCAGGCAGAUCAUGGUUGACGCUAAAAAACAAAACAAAAGGAGCAGUCCCGCAAAAAGCCCGCGAAAGACGCCGAAGAAAACGCCAAGUAAAAGUCCCCGGAUUAAGUCACGAACACCAAGCAGUUCUGCGAAAAAGAAAUUGGCCAUGCGCUUCCGCAUACUCAGCGGUGAAUUUGAAAAUAAUCUGCCGAGCACGUCGUCCGAAAACUUGGUUGUUAACUCAAAAAGAGCCCUGUUCCAAAGUCCAACUAAAAGCGGAAAGAAUAUGUUCUUGCCAAGUACCUCCGGAAUAUCGUUCCAAAACGACAUCAAAAAGGGACCACCAAAGCGUGCGUUGUUCGCAUCACCCAGUAAAAUUUCACCUCGAAAAAGGUCGCCUCUCAAGAAUUCACCUUUCAAGAACUCUCCAUCGAAACUGGCACUGGAUAAGAAACGAAAGCGCAUGGAUUCUGGGGAGGGUAACGUUUCGAAGUUGCCGCGUAGCUUGUCCAUGGACAUGAAACCUUCGGAAUCUGAGAUGUGCAAGACUUUGAUCAGCAGGUCCAAAUCUGAGAUGAAUGUCAUGAAAGGGCCACAGGCAGAGCUCAGUGAAAUACAUAAAAAGAAAUUGCAAUGGGCGGUGUACGAAGCACUUCGUUCCCAGAAUAUCACCCCAACCCACGCUCAAUUUAAAAUAUUUGCGUCCAUCUUGGCACGGGUAACUAGAAGAUUUUUCUCGUCCGGUAAUGCAGGCAGAUCGGAAGGGAGCACUAGUGAACGAAUGCUCAGGAUAGCGCGUCAUCACGUCUAUGCCGUUAUAAAAGGGAAGUCAGUCGACGAAAUUAUUAGUGAAUAUUUAAAAAAUCGAUCAAAAUUACAUAAACCCCAAGGUUAUGUGGGCAUUGAAGAAUUCAAUCGCCUACAACAGAAUCUCACUACUAUGAUUAAUAAAGAAAAUGUUAUACUAGAACGAUUAAAGACAGAUUCAAGCGUAGAGAAAAAGAAGUGGGAACAGACGGAAAAAAUGAAACCUUUGGGCGACAAUAGAGUAGAAAGAAUUCGGAAAGUUAUUAAUUUUGGAGAUGACGAUGUCAGAUGGAAAGACAAGAAAUAAUUCAUUUUAUUUCUUUUGUACAUUGUGAACAAAGUUUAAAGGAUGGCAGCUAACAAUUUUCUCAACUAAAGUUGUUUUCUGUUUCUGAUUGAUAAGUUACAGCUUCUAGUCUCCAAUUUAUUGGAAAGACAUUAUGAACACUAAUUUACGAAAUUACAAAACAAGUAGAAAUAUUUGUGUUACUUAAAUAUUAAAUUGCAAAUCAGUUUACAACUUAGGUUCUAAGUGCAAUAAAAAUGAAUGCACUUGUUUACGUAUAACCUAAUUUAGAGAUUAUGUCGUUUCUUUUAUUUAUUGUGCUUGUAAAGACUGCUUGUAUAUAUACAUUUGUAAUUUUCCUAAAAAUUAAAUUGUGUUAUUGUA